AGCUCACCCCGACUGCAAAUACAGGGCCGUAUUUAAAUAGGAAGUUUUAGGCUGCUCGACGCCGUGUUAUAUACAGGAGAUAGCCAAGAUGUCCAGAGACCAAGAAAGCGAGAAAGAUAAGAAUUGCUCUCCAUUACUUCUGGGAGUACAACUAGAUCACGACUCCGAUACUCGAGCUCGAGGUAGCCGAAUAUCUAGGUUUCUUAUAAUAUUCCUACCAUUUGCGAUACUAUUCUCGAUCGCGUGUCUCCCAUCGGAGCGCUUAACACAGAGUCUUAAGCCAUGGCCAUCUUACUCGGGAGAUGGUGGCUGGAAGGCAGAGUCGCGUUACAGAGACGAUGAAUACCUCAUCGGAGUUGGGAAGGCUGAUAUAACUGGUCCUUGUGUCGAGAUCAACUUAAUGGGCUAUGCUGAUCUGCAUCAAAUCGGAACUGGUUUGCGACAACGUCUCCAUUCGCGAGCAUUUAUCAUAGCCGACCCUGUCAAUCCGUCAGAUAGAUUCAUAUACCUCGUGCUCGACACACAGUCUGGAGAUACAGCUGUUCGGUAUGGCAUCUUGUCGGGAUUGCAGGAACUUGGACCGGAAUAUGCGGUAUAUGGCCAUCACAAUCUAGCUGUGACUGGUACCCAUUCACAUUCAGGUCCUGGUGCUUGGCUUAACUAUCUGUUACCUCAAAUCACGAGUAAAGGAUUUGAUCAGCAGAGUUAUCGGGCUAUAGUUGAUGGUGCUCUAUUGUCCAUUCGACAUGCGCACGAAAGUCUCACGCCGGGUCAUGUCAGUAUUGGAUCCACCAAAGUCUUCGGGGCCAACAUCAACAGGAGCCUUUUCGCCUACCUUGCCAAUCCGGAGGAAGAACGUGCGAGAUAUAACAUCAGCUCCGAGGAUGACGGAUCAGUAGAGAAGGACCUCACGAUGCUGAAAUUCCAGCAAACCUCUGAUGGCAAAAACAUUGGCGUACUUACUUGGUUCCCUACGCAUGGUACCUCUAUGCUAGGAAAUAACACAUUGGUAUCGGGUGAUAAUAAAGGGUUGGCGGCAUAUCUAUUCGAGAAAAGCGUCAUAGGUGAUAACACUGCUGCGGAGGAAUUCGUCGCCGGCUUUUCUCAAGCCAGUGUUGGCGAUACCAGUCCCAAUGUUCUUGGGGCCUGGUGUGAAGAUGGUUCAGGGCAGACGUGUAGUUUUGAGAACAGCACCUGCAGUAAUGGUAGGUCUCAGCAUUGUCAUGCGCGGGGUCCCCUUUUCACGGUUGACGACCAAGGGACGUCGUCAUGUUUUGAGAUUGGUAAACGCCAAUUCGAACCUGCAAAAAAGCUCUACGACCAGCUUAACCAGGAACCAAAUCCAAUUCGAGGGGGUAGGGUGAAAUCCUUUCACACCUUUCAUAAUAUGUCCAAUCAUCAAUUCGAACUACCUAAUGGAACAGAAGUCAGAACGUGCCCUGCUGCACUAGGUUACUCCUUUGCCGCCGGAACGUCGGACGGACCUGGUGUAUUUGAUUUUACUCAGCAUAACAACAAUGCAUCAAAUACCUCCCCUGUAUGGCGUGUCGUUGGCGGCAUACUUAAGAACCCAACACAGGAACAAAUCGCGUGUCACGCUCCGAAGCCCAUCCUACUCGAUGUUGGCGAGGUGUCCACCCCAUAUCAAUGGACUCCCAACGUAGUCGACGUACAGGUCUUUCGCGUCGGCCAAUUAAUAAUCAUUAUCAGUCCGGGCGAAGCAACGACUAUGGCUGGACGACGCUGGAAAAAUGCAGUUGCCAAUGAGACCACGGCCUUAUUCGCAAAAGAGGCUCUAUCAGCUUCCCCCGUCGUCGUUCUUGGCGGACCUGCAAAUAGCUACACGCACUAUAUCACUACGGAAGAAGAGUACGGAAUCCAACGUUACGAAGGUGCAAGCACACUGUACGGAUCACAUACCUUGGCAGCAUACAUUAACGUCACAUUAUCAUGGGUGUCGUCCCUGAGUUCGACAGCUAGCAGCCACCCGCCCAGAGGACCAGAACCACCGGAUAACAGUAAUCGCAGUCUCAGCUUUAUCCCUCGUGUCAUUCAUGAUUCACCACCGCUUUUUAGAAGUUUUGGCGACGUUCAGCAAGACGUAGAAGAGAAAUAUCAAAAAGGCGCACAGGUGACUGCGAAAUUCGUCGGGGCCAACCCGAGGAAUAAUCUCCGACUAGAGAGUAAUUAUGCCGUUGUAGAGAAACUUAUCAACGAGAAAGAUAGGAAAUGGAAAGUGGUCCGUGACGACAGCGACUGGUACCUUGUGUUCCGGUGGCGCCGCACCAGCGAGCUGUUAGGGACUAGCGAGGUCGAAAUAACCUGGGAGGCAGCGGACCCGUGGGCGGAGCCGGGGCGCUAUCGGAUCCGGUAUUUUGGCGAUGCCAAGAGCUUGGCGGGACAGAUCAUCGAGUUCGAGGGUGUGAGUGGCGAAUUCGAACUUGUGGAUGACGAUGGAUGGUCGAUCGAGAAGUAGUGGGGCGACCAAUAGUUGGUUCCACCCGGAGCUCCGGGAGGCUUCUGUUUAUUUACUUUAGGUGGUUAAAACAACAGGACGGGUACUUGAUAUCAUCAUAAUGUUACGGCAGGGACUCAUCAUGCAUACACGAUAGAACGUACUACCUAACUAUGCGAAGCUUAAGGGGGGCAUAUUAUAUUGAUAGUGAGGAUGUACGACGUACAGUCCCGUCAGUGGCGCUUUAGGUUUUGGGCGACAUGAAAAGGGAAAAGAAAACCGGUAGCAAUGCAAUGCAGGUCUGGACCUGUCUUUUCUGGAUGAAUUAGGCGAGACGUAUUAAUCACCCUAUCACCACGACACCUCCAAAAGCGAAAGCGAAAGCAGGUCGGGAAUAUUUGGAGGGGCGGAGAAGGGAAGACCCCUUAAAGUCACGAAAACCAUGCAGACGAGGCAGACCGGUUUAACGGCUGAGCGGCUCAGCGGUUGUUAGUGCAGGGGUAAAUUGGAGAUUGAUCUGGUUAUUUUCGUCCUUUUCCUCCCUAUCUAACUUGCAUGGAAAUAUCUUAUUCCAGUCCUAGUAUUAUCACAUACCUAGUAUAUUGUCUGCAGAGGUGACACGACUUUGACUUAGUG